AAUUUCAGCAUCGCAGCGAUGAAUUCGCCUUCUUCGUCAUUUUUAGUGUUUGUCACCUUCAAUAGCAGCUGUGCUGCAGAUUUUCGCUUUAGCGUCGGUGCAAGGUAACAACAUAACACGAAGAACAAAACACUAUAGCAACGCUGCACGCGGAGCGCGCCGCGCUUGUCUUCAGCGGGGAGAUGGCUGCUCGUGGUGCCAAGACCGCAGGUCGACGGUUCGGAAAGAUCUCAACCGACGUCAUCCGUAUCAACGUUGCGGGGACGAGGUAUUACGUAGUUGCUAAUGCAGCGGCAGAGCUCGGGAUGGCGGCUUCUUCGGACGACGGCGCAACCGAUUGUAAUGUGUAUUGGAUAGACGGUCCAGUGCCGCUGGAGAGAUACCUCGAGCUGCGAUCCUAUCAAAAAAUCAACCACUUUCCAGGGAUGGGAGAAAUCAGCAGAAAAGACGCAUUAGCACGGAACAUACAGAGGAUGAGGAAGGAGAACCGCAGAGAGUAUAAUUUCUACCCUGGGACGUGGGUGUUGCCUGCAGACCACGGAGUUCUCAGUCAGCACACGGCCAGGCUCCGUCGACGCAGGCAGAGGAAAACCUUCAUUGUAAAACCCCACCAUGGGUCUAUGGGAAAUGGGAUCUACCUCACACAGUCUCCAGAUGCUAUUCUACCUAGUGAAAAGGCCAUAGUCCAGGAAUACCUUGACAAGCCGUUCCUACUGGAUGGAUUCAAGUGCGACCUCAGGAUCUACGUACUGGUGACCUCCUGCAAACCACUGAGGAUUCUCGUCUUCAAAGACGGACUGGUCCGUUUGUCUACUGAAAGAUACUCUCCACCGAGUGACUUCAAUCUGGAGCAGAUGUGUAUGCACCUCACGAACUACUCCAUCAACAGACACAGUGCCUCGUUUGACACUGACGAGAGGGACGACAGGGGGAGCAAGAGGACCCUCUCCUCUUUCAUGGUCUGGCUCCACAAAACUGGGCACAAUGUGGUAGAGCUAUGGGCCAAGAUACACGAUAUCAUUGUGAAAACUCUAAUUCUGGCUUAUCCUCAUAUACUCCACUCCUGUACUGUCUCCCGCCACGGCCAUUUGCCAAAUGGGAAAAGCCAGUUUUUCGAGAUUCUCGGAUUCGACGUUCUUCUCGACCACACUCUCCAGCCUUGGGUGCUGGAGGUCAAUAGGUCGCCGAGUUUUGGGACUGAUGCUGACCUUGACCUCCACAUAAAGACCGCUGUCAUUAGAGAUGCUCUGAAACUGGCCAACAUUAGUUUGUCAGACAAGCUGACAGAAGAGGCGUGUCAGAGACAGGCUUCAAGAGGAGACUUAAACCUCACACCAGCCACACCCACUCCGGACAAUACGACUUCCUUGCUGAACAAGCUGAUGCUGCAGCAAAGAAAGCAAGCAGGAGAGCUGCAGCGAAGGAGCGACUGACCCAGCUGAGGAGGGAAAGAGAGCUGGAGGAGUUUGAGAAUGAAAACAAAGGAGGCUAUGUCAGUGUGUAUCCGACCUCUGACCCUAGCAGAGCUCGACUUUACUCUCGUCUGUUACAUGAUGCUCUUAGCUUCAAUUCAUUAGGGAGGAAUUAUAGCGCUCAGUCCAACAGGAGUGGUAGCUCUGUUGGUGGGUGUGGCCUGUCAGGAAAGGGGCGUGGCAGUAGGUGUGGUCUACAAUACAUGGAAGAGCCAGAGCUGCUAGAGAUCUUGUCACAGUGCGAGGACGAGGACUCGCCACUCUUGCCCACUAGGUUGCUAGUGCGGAGACCGUCCACUAGCUGUGUCCAGCCACUGGCUCUGGAGGACAGCAGCCCACUGGGAGACAUGUUCCAGGUGAUGGCUGCUCGACUCCACGAAGAGGAGCAGACACAGAGGACUAUGGUAUCUCUCAGGGAAAUGGCUCCAUUCUACCCAGGGAAAUCUCAGACUGAGGUCCAGGCUGUUCUGGAGAGGAUUCGGGAGGAUUUCUCAAGCCACGAGGCAAAGAUUUGCUCGUUUUGGUUUAGCAGUCUUGACAACAGCCAGAGAAAACAGGUUCGCAGGCACCCACUUACUCCCUCUCUUUCUACACCUCCUCUGCUCCCUAUUCCACAGCUGUUGGCUCCCGUGACUGACGCAGUGACUCAUCUUCUCCACGGUCACUGGAGGAGGAUAGACUUACGCGGAGUCCGACUCCAUCAGAUCACAUCUCGACUCGCGGCCUUUCUCCUCGGUGCCAGAGGACACGGUCUGCGCUCAGCCAUCUCGGCCACAGACAGAAAGUCUGUGUGGGAAGCAGCGUUUAAAAAGAAACACGACGAGGCAUUGUCAUUGGCGGAGAUGGAGUGCUGUCGUAGGAUUGUUGAGUUGAGUCGUUGUCUGCUGUACUGUGCCUACCACUACCACUGCCCCCACAGACACAAGUUAGCAUUUCAGACGAAAUCUGCAAGGUCCUCAAACCUCGCUCCAUCUAGGACUCCCAGCCUCCCCCAGUUGACCACACCCACUGGACUCAACCCUACCUCAUCUCGCCCUCACUCUCUCUAUAGAAUCAGAUCUUGACCGUCAUGUUCUCUAUUUAUUGAAAUGCCUGCAAUUGAAAAAGCAAACG